AGAUUGUGUUUUAUUCGCUACGUGGAUUAGUGUUUGCAGUCUGGGUUCUGCACGUGAUUUGCUGUUGUAGUCAUGUCGCUCAAUGACUCUGGAGAAGUGUUCUCUAAGUGGAACACCGAGAAUUUGGAAGUUAAGACGUUGGCAGUUCAGCGUGCUUUAGAGCCGCUGGUCGUCCAGGUUACCACAUUGGUGAAUAGUAAUGGGCAAUCCAAAAAGAAGAAAGGUCGAUCGAAACGAGCUCAUGUUCUAGUUGCGGCAGUUGAAGCAGCAACCGAGAAUUUCAUUCAGAAAGGCCAAACUAUUGCGAUCGAAAAUCCGGAUAUUCAGCAAGAAAUGCUCUCGGCAGUUGAAGAAGUUCGCAAAACUGGGCAAGCCAUGAGUUCGGCAUCGCGAGAAUUUGCGGAUGAUCCAUGCAGUUCUCUUAAGCGUGGCAACAUGGUUCGAGCCGCAAGAGCUCUGUUGAGUGCAGUGACUCGUCUUCUGAUAUUAGCCGACAUGGUUGAUGUGCACUGCUUGAUGCGAUCAUUGCACAUGGUGGAAAAUGACUUGGAGCGCAUUCGGAAUGUCAAGAGUCAGCAAGAACUGAUGGAAACGUUUCGUGCCUUCGGAAAGAACGCGUCAAACUUAGUGAAUGCUGCAGCCAAACGGCAAGUGGAAAUGAAAGACAGACGACUUAGAGAUGAUUUGGCAGCUGCGAGAGCCGUUCUGAAAAAGCACUCGAUGUUGCUCCUCACUGCUUCCAAGGCGUACGUGCGGCACCCAACUCUUGCCGCCGCUAAAGCGAAUCGUGACUUUAUCAUGAAGCAAGUUUGUCAAGCAGUCAACACCAUAUCGGACGUUGCGCAGGGAAAACCAACUCCGCAGAGUCAAAUUGCUCUUCCCUAUGAUGGUCCUGGAGAAUUGGCUGCUGCAUUGGAUGAUUUCGACGAUGGAAUAAUUCUGGAUCCUCUGACCUACAAUGAAGUGCGAACAAGACCAAGUUUGGAAGAGCGACUCGAGUCCAUCAUAAGUGGUGCGGCUUUAAUGGCAGAUUCGUCAUGCACUCGCGAUGAGCGUCGUGAACGAAUCGUUGCUGAAUGUAAUGCGGUUCGGCAAGCCCUGCAAGAUCUUCUUAGUGAAUACAUGUCGAAUGUUGGAAAGAAAGAACCCAGUGAUAACUUGGGCCGUGCCAUUGACCACAUGUGCCGUAAAACCGGGGAUCUACGCCGUCAGCUGCGCAAAGCAGUGGUUGACCAUGUUUCAGACAGUUUUCUGGAAACAAAUGUUCCUCUCUUGGUGCUGAUUGAGGCAGCGAAGAAUGGAAACGAACAGGAAGUGGAGAAAUAUGCGCAAGUUUUCACUGAACACGCGGAUAAGCUCGUUGAAGUGGCGAACCUGGCGUGUUCGAUGUCAAGUAAUGAAGACGGUGUGAAAAUGGUUCGUUGCGCUGCUAGCCAGAUUGAAGCGUUGUGUCCCGAAGUCAUCAACGCUGCCCGAGUUCUCGUGUCUUGUCCAAGUUCCAAAGAAGCGCAAGAAAACAUGGACUCAUUCCGCCAUGCCUGGGAAAGGCAUGUGAGAUUGCUUACGGAGGCUGUUGACGAUAUUACUACGAUCGAUGACUUCCUCGCGGUGUCAGAGAGCCACAUAUUGGAAGACGUGAAUAAGUGUGUAAUGGCGCUGCAAGAGGCAAAUGCUGAUCUAUUGGAUAGGACUGCAGGAGCAAUCAGAGGACGGGCUGCUCGAGUUGCCGCCGUUGUUGAAGCCGAAAUGGAUAAUUAUGAGCCUGGCCUUUACACUGAACGCGUCAUGGAAGCUGUUGGUGUCCUUAAGAAUGAUGUAAUGCCGAAUUUCGCCCAACGAGUCGAAGUUGCCAUUGAUGGUCUUACAGCAAAUCCCCAGAAAGAUGUUGACGAAAACGAAUUCAUUGACGCAUCCCGACUGGUUUAUGACGGUGUCAGGGAAAUAAGGCUGGCUGUUCUGAUGAACCGGGCUGACGAAGACUUGGAUCCAGAAGAAGUCAUAUUUGACGAAACGUACAACAUCGACGCCCGUUCUCGUUCAUCUAUUCACACGGAAUCGCAUUUUGACGAAUAUCCAGAAGUUUCUGGUGUUACGACUGCCAGGGACGCUAUGAGGGCCUUGAAGGAAGAAGAUAAGGAGAAGAUUUCCGCUGAAGUAGAAAUCUUCCGCACUGAAAAAAUGAAAUUCGAUCAAGAAGUGGCGAAGUGGGACGACGCUGGGAAUGAUAUCAUUGUACUCGCGAAACACAUGUGCAUGAUAAUGAUGGAGAUGACAGAUUUCACGCGAGGUCGUGGUCCUCUGAAGCAUACCAUGGAUGUCAUCAACGCUGCUAAGAAGAUUUCCGAAGCCGGAACGAAACUGGAUAAAUUUGCGCGACAGAUAGCGGAUCAGUGCCCGGAGUCAUCUACAAAGAAAGAUCUUUUGGCGUAUUUGCAACGCAUUGCUUUGUAUUGCCAUCAGCUGAACAUCACGUCGAAAGUGAAAGCGGAUGUGCAGAAUAUUUCCGGGGAGCUGAUCGUGUCUGGGUUGGAUAGUGCCACUUCUUUGAUUCAAGCUGCGAAGAAUUUAAUGAACGCCGUUGUUUUGACCGUCAAGGCAUGCUAUGUUGCAUCGACGAAGUAUCCGAGACUGGAUCCGAUUGUUUCACCGAUUGUCGUUUGGAAAAUGAAAGCCCCGGAGAAGAAGCCGCUGGUUAGGCGUGAGCGACCCGAUGAAGUAAAGGCCAAAGUUCGAAAGGGAAGUCAGAAGAAGCAAGUUCAACCUCUGACGGCUUUGUCAGAGUUCACCAACAUCUCAGAAUCAAGAUCGUCUGUCGAAAUGAGUUCUGAGAAACGCAGAGACAAAACUAUAGGAGUUCUAACGAAGCGGCACACAUGCCUCGCGCAUCCCCCGCCAAGAUCUAAAAGCCUCGAUCGAUCGUUGCAUUGCUACCGUCAUGCAAUGCCGUACAUGGACGCUCCGAUGCAGGGUUAUUCUGCGGACGAUGUGCCGAGGAACAAUGCGCUGGGUUCCGUGGUUGACAACCCUGAGGAUUUAAGAUUACGGCGUACUGUUCUUCUCGAACGAGUGAAUGGUUCAUACGGGUUUACCCUUCAGAGCUAUGGUAUUCAAUACGGGCAUUCUGAUGGAGAAGUUGAAGUACUUACCUACGUUGACUUUGUCGACGAGAAUGGAGUUGCAUAUAAAGCCGGAUUGCGUACUGGCGAUGUGAUUCUUUCCAUCAACGGUACUGACGUUGAGCGAGCAGACCACAAAGAUUUGGUGGCCUUGAUUCAAACGUCUACGAGACUUCGGAUGGUGGUGCUAUACGAAGACUGUGCUCGUCGUGUGGACUUGCACAUGCGCUACAUCACUCUCACUCAAAAACUCCAGUAUGCCGUAGCUGAAUUCAAGCAGUUAUGCAAGCGGGAAAAACAGGUUUUGUUCACUGCGCAAAAGAGAUGCAGUCGUCGAAGAAGAGACAAAUCUGCCGGCGCAGCUGCGUCAUCGCCUCACCCAGGCAGACGAUCUCGGAACCCGAAUCAAUCUGCUCCUUCAACUCUUGCCCAUCCGCCGGCAAGUGGGCGCCAACUCGAGAAUGUGUGCCAAACGACUCAGUCCCCGAUGUCGGAUAAAGCUGAGCAGUUUUUUCCCGGAAGAAGUGUCCUGAAACUCCUGAUGAAAGCGAAACUCGAGGAGAAGUCACCAACCGGCAAGUGCAAAUCUUUCAACUGCUGGAGCUCAUGUCAUGAUAUUGGCAAAGCUGUAAAGGAUGAUUCUACUCAGACUGCUGAUGUUGUCGGAAGUGAACGUGGUGCAACUGGGGUUCAAAAUAUCCCGCCACCUCCUCCACCGCACGUGACAAACCCGGAAAAGCGGCAUCGUCAUCACAACCACGCCCACAAGCGGCGCAGUCGGAGUCAGAAAAGCAAGCAGUACCGCGUCGAAAACGACAGCGGCGACGAGUGCCGCCACCAGCAUCACGUUUCUGCCUGCGUAACGCCGCAACACGCCCUUGAUAUCAAACACCGACCGCGCUCCACGGAGACUCUCAUUGACCCUGCGCCGUUGGAGCCGUGGCAACCGCAAGAAUGUGCUUGUCUUCGAAGUAAAUCCUUCUCUGCCACGCAAAGUUAUUCUCUGACGCGAUCGCCGAAGACGGAUUCGUUUACGCACGUUUCCGUGUCGACGACGACCACUACGACGAAGAGCAAGCGUUGGAGCAUGUCCGUGGGCCGGCCGAAAACUCCGACGUCGGGGACUGGGAUGAAAGACAGCCUGAUUGGCAACGCUGAAGGAAUGAUCGAGGAUGCUGAGACACAGAGUAGUAAAAAUGGCGCGUUGCCGAGGCAUCGGAAGAAACGUCCUCACAAGGGACAGCAUUGAGGAAGUGUUUCAUUUUAUUUUUUGUGUGGAAUCUUCAUUGCUUUGGAAUCAGGAAUCGUACAAUGUUAGGCAUUCAGUAUUUGCAUCUGAUGGAGCUCCAAAGCUUCGAUGGCGUCUCAGUUAAUGAACUUAAUAACUUGUAGUUUCCUCACCCUCCAGAAAGUACUUCAAUUUAGUAAUUUGAAGCAAUAUGGAAAGGCUGAUCCUUUUCAAAAAGUUUGGAUAUCUCCAUUAAUUUUCGCAUCAUUUUCAUAAUUGAUAUCUGAUUUACCUAGAAUUUUAAAAAAGAUCCAAAAGCAAAAAUACUCACAAAGGGAAAUUGAAACAUGACUAAAUCAAGGUUGUUGAAGAGGAUUUCAUCUACUCGAAAAAUGAAACUGGCAGCCGUAUUUCUCUUGGACUCCUUCAUAUUUUUCACUAUUGCUACUUAUUUUGUCCAUCGUUUAAAACAGGGUUCAAUAAGCAAAGAAAAAAUGAUAUCGGUCCAAUUCAUUUUGUGAAACGUACAUUAUGCGGUGUACCAAUGUACUCGUCCUUGGCGUUUCUGCAAUCAUCGACGCAUUGUUUUCCAGUCGUGAAGUUCUGCAUCGGUAAUGGAAUUCGAUUCAAUAGCUUGAGGAACAUUUUUGUGUAUGAGAGAGCAUUUUUGGACGCCUGACUUUUGCGGAAGUUGGAGGAAUUAUGCAGCUUCCUUUUCGUACCUCUUCAAACAUGCUUCCAGUCUGCUUUAACAAUUUUGUGACAGUAGAUCAAUAUCUGCUGAUUUCCUGAAACGUUUCUCAGACAUCCUUAGUGUUUCUUCCUAGUUUUUUUUUCUGUGGGGUAUUUUUGGUGUCUUUGGGAAGAUGACGUUUAUACUGAAUGUGCAUUCAACAUAUUAAUCUUCAGUGAAUUUAUUCUUACCAAAUAAUGUUCGAACUAGUCGGUCGUGAUACAAGGCAUGCAAUUUUUUUAUGUUUCUAGUCUAGUCUCUUGGUUGAAAGACAAGAAAGGUGUACAAGCAUUCUGUAAGUUGAUCUGCGGAGAUAAGACAAAAGAAAUUUAUGAUUUUGUCUUACAUUAGAUCCUGAGCUUGAGUUGUGUGAGUCAACAUUCCAUAAUGAAAAUUAGUAUCAAUAGUCUUAUGUGCCUUUUGUUUUUGAAGCGUUAGACCUGCGUUACGUUGGGGAAAUGUUGGUCAAUGUGUUUUGUGAUACAUUUCCUGAAGUACCAAAUCAGUAUGAUUACUGUGCUAACUUUUUAUUACCUUGUGCAAUCGGGAGAUUUUUGUGGAGUGGAUUUUGAUGAAAACCCCCAAAUUUUUAAAUUUAUCUGGUCUACGUGGCGUGACAAACUUCCUGUGAAUUUGAAAUUCUUGAAAUAUUCAAAUAUCUCAAUAUGUUGAAUACUCUUUGGAAUCCCCCGUGCUAUUUGUGCGUAUGUCUUUUCAAAAAAGUCAGAAAAAAGUGUUUUGAGCUCUUCGUGGAUGAGCAACGAGAAACUUCGCAUGUUUUUUUUUUUUUUCU